AUGCAGACAGUAAAGAAUACCAUUGCCGAGAAUCUCGGUAAAGUCGUUUCUGGCGCCCAUGACCUCGCUCCUGCAGAUCAACAAUUCUCCCUCGAGGAAGUGCCCGACCUUACUGGCAAGGUCGCUGUCGUAACCGGUGGUUCAGAAGGAAUCGGGUACGGAUGCACCCACACGCUUCUCUCACGCAACAUCAAGAAGCUUUUCAUCAUCUCGAUGAGCGAAGACAUCAUCGAGGAUGCUCUCAAGGCAAUCAAGGAAGAAAUGGGAGAAGACAAGGCCAGUAGAGUCGAAUGGCUAAAGUGCGAUCUCGCAGACUGGGAACAGGCAGGCAAGACCGCGUUCGAAAUUGCGCAGAAGACGGAUCGAAUUGAUAUUUUGAUCAACAACGCUGCGCGUGGUAUCAUGACAUACCAGCUUUCGAAGCACGGUGUUGACCUACACAUGGCGCUUAACCACAUGGGCCACGUCGUUUUGACCUCUCACUUGCUACCCUUGCUCAAGUCCACAGCCGAGAAGGGUGACAAGGUUCGUAUAGUACAACUAGGGUCCAACGCACACGAAAAUGCACCCAAGGACACAAAAUUCGAAUCCAUCGACGAGCUAAACACAGACCUCGGGCCUAUGGCACAAUACGGGCGCUCAAAACUCGCUGCCAUCCUAUACGCUCGCUACCUAGCUCGUCACCUCUCGUCUUCUCACCCCAACAUCCUGUCCAACACCACACAUCCCGGUUUCGUCGAGACAAGGCAGUCAGUCGACCACAUUCAUGAAGCCUACCCGCUGGGUGGCUAUGCAAUGAGCUACGGCUUUGCACCAUUCAAGAAGACUCAGUUCGAAGGUGCGGUGAGCACCAUGUUUGCGGCGACCAAGACAGAGGGUACGGGCGAGUACAUUUGCCCGCCCGCGAUACGGGAGCCGGGUAGUGACCUGGCGAACAACGAUAAGUUGGGUGAUCAAUUGAUGGAUUUGACAUGGAAGAUUGUCAAAGAAAAGACUAAGAGUUCGAGCGCUGAUAAGGGAUGUCCGUUCAAGACGUAUUAG